AUGGAAUAUAGAGAAAAUGAACCUAUGUCAGAAAUGGGCUAUUCUUCUGACUUGAACUUGGAACUUGACGAUAAGGACAUUGAGAUAAUCAGAAGUAAAAAAAUUAGUGGUAAAGCUUUUCUCAGUUUGACGAAAGAAGAAUUUAAAACUUAUGGACUACAACUGAGAUUAGCUAUUGUGAUCACUGAACUGAUAAAGGAAAUCAAAGGUGAAACAAAAGAAGAAGAUCUUAAUAGGCAUUUCGAUAAAAUUGCAGAAAGGCUUGACCAUAAAAUAGAUAGGGUGAGUCAAAUGAAAAAAGUACAACUUCAUAGUGAAGUAAUGUGGUAUAUUGCUUUAGAUACUAAUACAGAAAUCGACAAGGGAAUCUUUGUAGGAUCAUGA